AGAAAUAAAAAAAAAAUUUAUUCAUCUAAAAUAAUAUUCACUUGUAUGAUAUUCACAUACGUUUCUAACAAAUAUUACUAUAAUUCCGAUAAACUAUACACACCUAUCAAACGCGUAAAUUUUUCAAUCUUUUAAUCCCUUAAUAGAAACUCAUUCUUCAGAAAUUGAUUCCGUCAACCUGUUGCUACACGCUAAGGUACUCGUGCACUACUGACGCUUGAAAAAAUCAAUUUAUCGAUGAUUCUAUGUCAUCAACCCUCAUCUCUUGUAUACAUAAUGCAUAAACUGAAGAAACUAAUAACUAAAAGGGGUCGGACCCUUUGAAAAAUAUUACUUCUUUUAUCCUCCUCUCUCUUACAAUUUAAGCGCAAGCGCAAUAUUAUUUUCCUCUGCAAUCUUUGUCCACCUAUAUUCAGUAUCUAGCCAACUAUCGAGUGUCAACAAUGGAAAAAAAUCAGUCUAUCAUCGUGGAUGAUUAUGAGAGGAAUGUGAAUUUGAGCAUACAGUGGAAUCGUUUUCUGCUGAAACCUCUCGGUACAUGGCCAAAUUUACGCGAGUCUAAAGUAGGGAAAUGUUAUUCCGUGUUGAUCGGUAUCGUUUGUUACGGUUUAAUCAGCUUCAUGCUCACAUCAUCUAACAUGUUCCUGGUUGUUGAGGUAAAGGAUACGUACAACAGAAUCAAAAUGAUCGGUCCAUUGAGUUUUUUCGUGAUGACGCUGAUGAAAUAUUAUUUUUUAACAUUUCACGAAGACAAUAUCCGCAAAGGUAUCGAGCACAUCAAAUGGGAUUGGAAAAAUGUGAAACAUCAAGAGGAUAAGAAGAUCAUGAUCGAGUAUGCGAAUUAUGGAAAGAAAUUAGCAUUGAUUUCUACCUUCUUCGUGUACAGUGCAUUUGUCUUUUAUUAUUUCGUUGUACCUAUCAGCGUGGGUAAAAUAAGGGAUGAAAAUUUAACGUUUAUACCGUUACCGUUCCCUUCUUCGAAAUUGAUCGCUGAUGUGCGUCAGAGCCCCGCUAACGAAAUUUUAUUCUCCAUUCAAGUUUUAUCAGGUGUUAUCAUACACGCAAUAACAGCAGCAGCGGUUAGUAUAGCCGCCGUAUUUGCAGUGCACGCAUGUGGACAGAUGCAAAUGUUAAUGAAUUGGUUGGAAUGUUUGGUGGAUGGCCGAUCAGAUAUGAAUAAAAUCGUGGAUAAGAGAAUCGCAAAAAUUGUGGUUCAGCAUGAUCGAAUAUUGAAGUGGAUUUUUGGCACUUACAGAAAGAGCGCUUCAACAAAUAUCUUUUGUAGAAUUUUUAGGCUGUACAAUGAAUAUGUGUCUUCUCGGAUAUUAUCUAAUAGUGGAAUGGAAUCCGAAAGAAAUAUCACUUUCGUUAACUUACAUAUCAUUACUCAUUUCGUUCACCUUCAACAUUUUUAUAUUUUGUUAUAUAGGCGAAUUGGUUGCCGAACAGUGUCAAAAAGUUGGAGAAAUGACAUAUAUGAUCGAAUGGUACCGAUUAACAGGCAAGAAAAAGCUUUGCUGCGUUUUAAUCAUUGCAAUGUCCAAUUCAUCGAUAAAAUUUACAGCUGGAAAUAUGGUUGAAUUAUCUAUUUAUACUUUUAGUGACGUUGUAAAAACAUCAGUGGCUUUUUUAAAUAUGUUGCGAGCAUUGACUUAAACCAUAUUUUUGUAAUAUAGAUAUUUUACUUUUGAUAGUAAAUAGACACUUGUUGUAAAAAGAUCACGUGUCUAUAUAUCGUAUUAAAAAUGAAAUUGAUUUUGAA